GCUCUCGGAGGGUGGAUGGUACAGUGUCCACCCUCGUCCCCACUCGUCUUUAGCAUUUCAAUCUCAAUUAGUCGCUGGUCUUCUAUUCGACUCUUGCCCUUUAAAUUUGAAUAAAAAGCCGAGUCAUUCAGUCAGCUCAGCCCGAAGAUUGUGCAAAUAUUAAUCUAAACUCGGAAUUGUAGGGGUUCGCUUAAAGUGUCCUUUGGUGUCUUUGUGAUUCUCCGGCAAUUUAAUCUUUCAUACGUGUCAUGCUGGACGAGGAGUUUGUUGCUUUGCGGGGGAGUCGAGUCAUCCCGGUGAUUCGAGCCCUCUCAUUAUAGUCAGUCUUGAUGAAUAGGUCUUUUGUGAUACACUUUUUUGCAAAUGAAAAAUAAUUGGAGGAGUCGGGGGAUAUUUGCAAGAUGAAUCGGGAUAGUGAGGAGCAACGACCCAUUUCGCAAACUUUCUGCGGUGCCCUCCAGAAAGAGGCAAAUUGCAAGUGCCUCGUCCUCUCGGUCCUGAUUUACGGCUGCUUAGCUGCGGUCACGUGGUGCAGGUGUGCUAAUGUCACAAAGAUUGUCAUCAAUUUUUCCAAGAUACCGCUCAAGUCGACCAGACACGUGUCACCCUGCGACGACGGCUACAUCUACAUUCCUAUGGCUUUUAUGGGCAUACUGUACCUGGUUUAUCUUGUCGAGUGUUAUCAUUCACCAAUCAGAAUCGAUUUGAUGCAUCGCGAGAGACAGGAUGAUGUCUUAGCGAAAUUGUCCGGAUUGCGAUUGGUGAAGCCCACUAUCUGGUGGAAGGCUGUUUCUUAUCACUAUGUCAGGAGGAAACGACAAAUUACGAGAUACAGGAAUGGGGAUAAUUAUACAACGACUCAGGUUUACUACGAGCGUGUAAAUACAAAUGCGGCGACAUCAUUUUAUUUCUACGAUUACUGCGGUGUCAAGGACAUAAGCAAAGAGCUGACCCUGGACGCCAAGAUCCCGAUAACAAAGAUAACCCUGAGCAAGGGUUUCGCUUUCUCCAAUAUGCGAUCGGCGACAGAGUUCGAGGAGGCGAGAUCUCGCUUCUUUGCUGAGCAGGAACUGAGGGACGAUUACAUGGAAAUGAGGGAAGGUCUGGAUCUUGGUUGCAAUUUCAACGCUUCCACAACACUGGUAGCUGUUUUCGGACGUCCCUGGUUCACAAAUUCCUACGUUUACUGGUGCCUGAGUGCUCUACUCCUGAGCUGGCCCCUGCGUAUAAUCAUUGAGUGCAAAACUCAGCACGCUGAUUACCAGAUAACAAAAUUAUUCGGUGUCAAUUAUGAUACCCCAACGAGUGGUGAGCCUAUUCACACCUCCUCGAGCCAGUUGAGUGCACCAGGCUCGUACAUGCUGGCUCCGAGCUACAGCGAAGCCCUGCUAAUGGAGCCAGCGGGUCCACCAUCAUCAGCAUCAUCAGCAUCAGAGCAGGGAACGAACGAGACCGGAGUACUUGUACCCAGCUAUUCCGAGGCACUGCUGUACGAACGCCCUCGAAAUACUGAGGGAGUUCACGAAAUUGCCUGCUCAGUGGGACGUAGUAUCACCAAUGAGAGCCUCUUCGCUGUCCUAGAGCCCCAGCCCAUCACCUGCAACUGCUCCUGCCAUCAGGCAACACUCCCCGAGGAGACAGAAUGCACCAGCUUGAGGGGUCAAUCCACCACGGAAUUACGCAACUGUGGUGUCUGCAGUGCCUCCAAUAGUCGUAUUGAUAAUUUAGAUAAUUCACUGAUAACUAGAGAUAUUUCUGAGCCAAAUUUGAAGACAAAUUCUUGUGAUUUAUUGAGGGGUAAUAGUCUACAAUUUUUGAGAAUUAAUGGAAGAAGUUUGGAGAAUAUUUUGGAGAGUGAAGAGGGUUGUUGUUCCACGGUUGUUGUUCCUGGCGAUGGGGGAAGGGGGGCCAUACCCAAGAGGAGGGAGACCGACGGUGGGGAGAGGGCUGGUGUCAGUGGAGUGACCAGUGGGAGGACUCAUGGCUCAGAGAAGAGGAUGACAGAGUCCAAGACUUACUUCUGUCUUAAAUCCAUUCUCAAGCAGAAUAGGAGGAGGUACACCCUGGUGACUACUGAGGAGUUCAAGAAUCUCGUGGCUGGAGACAAGAGGGAGACUGGGAGCCUCGUUUUUGUGAGGGAGAAUUGCUUCAGGGGGGGAGGGGGUAGUGCAGAGGGACGGAGGGAGAAUCCUAAUAGAACUUUGAUAUUUGCAAGUCCAAUUCACGAAGUUUGUAGACCAAACGAUCCAUUCGCGGGUACCCAGAGGCACCGCGACCGCGAGGCAAUGAAUUCACCCCCAGCAACUUUGAAAAAACUCGGCAGAUCUCUGACUGUCCUGGCGGAGUGCGAACCAACCCCUCACCUUCCGCCCCAUCGUCGCAGGAGUAAGAGAUUCGUGCAUCAACGCACAAUGAGCAUAGAGCCCGAGUACUUGCGAUUUUUCACAACAUCGGGGGAUAAUAAUAGGAGCCAGCAGACUGAAAGUACCGCACGUUGCUUUGUAGCAGGCGCUUCAUCCUCCGGCUUGACCCGUUCCCUUACCGAGAGAAGAUCAAAGCCAAGUCAACACGACCGAACUUUGAGGCGAAGCUUCACGGACGAGAGAACUGAAUUUGGUUCCUCCAGACGGAUGAAUAUUAAUAUGGAGACGUCGUUGUAACAAUACGCGUAAUAAGUCUUCUUGUAAACAUAAUUCAAGCAACGAAAUUCGCAGUGAAGUGGUGAAAACUUAAUUUUAUUUAUUUAUUUAAAUUUUCCAAAUUUUUAUGUACGUUUUUGUAGGUGAAAUUAACGGUAAUUUGAGUUUGUUCCCUUUGGAAAUUAAAAAAAAUAAUUCUUUCCAUGGGAAUAUCAAGAUGCACAAGUCAAUUGAUCAUUUUGUCAACAAAUUUGUUUUUCACAGAACAAAGCUCUCUAAAAAUGUCUUCUACUGAAAAGUUCUUCCUCCUGAGAAUUUUUAUCUUCGUGUCCUUCCCCAAGUCCCCUUAAAGCUUUCCAGUAAUAUUUCUAGCUUUACUAAUAGAUUUUAAUGAUAUCUCUUCAAUCACAAUGUGUGAGCGAAUAUUGCAGAAAGCUCCCACAAAACGAGCCAAGAUCUUCCUUUCGUUAAAAAGUUUGUCACCAGUUCACUGCCGCCACAAAUUUCUCAGCGUUAGAAUCCAUCCUUCCUUAUUUGAUACUUCUUCCUUAAGAUUAAUAAAACUCACGAGAGUCGCAAAAAUAAAUGCCUUUUAAAUCAAAUAAUGCACGAUGCGCGAUAACAAAAAAUAUUCUUAAGUUGAGGGAAGAUUCAACGAAUUUGGUCAGCCGUCGACAGCUUUCGUAAAUGUCGACUGCACAAAUUAAAAGAAAUACAGACUACAAUGACUUCGAUUUGAAAUACUGGCUAUUGAAUUGUCUAAAUCAUUAUCGCGUAUCGUGCACUAGCUCAAGUAUUAAAUGAUAAACGUAAGCGAUAAUGAAAGUUAACGACAUUUAUUAUGAAUAUACAUGUAUAUAAACUAAAUUGAUGAAGGGAGACGAGAAAAAAAAAUACAUAACUAUAUAUUUGUUGUACAUGUAAUUUUAAACGCUUAUACGUGUAUUUUCGAGUAACGAAUCAACCAAAAUAGUUUAAUGAAUCAUAAGUACAUGUACCAUAAGCACUCAACAGAAUUAAACACGCGCAAUGAUACAUUUACAUGAAUAAAUUCCGUAUUCCUACCGUCAAUUUUGAUGCUUAACGCUGGGUAAUGAAUCGCAUACCAAAGCCAUUAAACGAUAUUGUUGUAAUAUUUACUAGGGCUCUUCAAAUAUGUGAUAAAUACGCUGAAAUUUUAGCAUAAAUUAAUCGACUGGUAAACGUGCAUUUUAAGCAAAUUAAUGAGAUAAUUGUUAAGUCAUUUGGUGGAUGAAACCAGUGGAAUAUUUUUUUGGUUUCGCGCUUGAACAAUGAAGUCUUUCCAAACUGCCAGAAUAGCUAUAAAUAUUAGAACGAGGAGAGGCGUGUUGUUGGAUGCCGAGGGACUGAAUUGUACUGGCCAGCCAGUGGUCGACUAUUUCUGUUGAGCUAUCUGGAAUUAUUGAAGUUGAGAUUGCUCUGGGGGAACGUGGUAGAGGGGCUGGAGGUGAAUUCCGACAUUUCGGGGCGAUUAUUUUUGCAGCUGAAGGGAAAUGUCAGAGCUCUAGUGCAAUGUCGUGAGAUUAAAUUCUCCAGGAGUCUGGGCACAUUUGCAAAAUCACCAAUUGAUUUGGAAAUGUCAAUGCUGAUUUAUUUUUAAAGCCAUUGUGAAUUAGUCUCUCAAUUCACCCUGGGCCAUUUACAAAAUCAUCAAUUAAUUUCGAGGUCCCAUCGUUGAAUAAUUUAUUUAUCAGGCAAAAUUUAAUUUAUCAGAAUAAUUUUGUAAGUAUUCGGUCACUCGAGCUCGCCUCCAGCGCUCCAUCGCCCUCCUGCCAGCCAAAAAAAAUUUGAAAAAAAAUGUAGUUAUAUAACCCUUCCAGCCAAUCGCAUCAAUAGCCCUCAUCAACACGGUCUAUGUCAGACAAUCCACAAAUAACGAUUAACUAAAAGAAAAUUCGAUGAUUCAAAGAAUGGUAAAAUUUUUAUAACCACGUAAGAUCAUUGCACAAACAAAAUUAAUUAAGAAAUCUACGAAAAUGAUAUUUAGUCAUCGCAUAAACUCAUGCCGUCUUGAAAAAGUGCUCUUGUAAUUAAUGAAAAAAAAUGCAACAAAAACGAACGAAAAAAAAAAUUUAAUUUGAAUUUAUAUUAAGAAGAGAAACUAGUUCAAAAUAUUUACAGCAUUUUUAGGAUGUAACUUGCAAGUGCUUGAAAGGGUAAUUCAUUGGUCGCUCUGCGUUAAGUUGGGAGCAAUGUGCAUCGUGUACGUAAAAAUGUUUAAAUUAUGACGAGAAUUAUUCAGUGAAGGUAAUCGCGGCGAGGGCCAAAGUAAUUGUACUCAUUUAUAGUAAUUUAACAUUAUUGUGAUUAUUAUACAUAAACUGCAUUAUAUUGCCGUACGAAAUAAAGACAAAUGGUUGAUGGUUACAAAUAAUAUGUGGAUUAAUUCAAUGCAUUGGUUACCUUGAAUUCUAUUGAGGCACACAGUAUUUAUUGACAUCGAUUUUGAAUGGAUUUUUAUUAUCAAUUCAAGCUCGAUCUUGGACACUGAUUUGGGUAAUUCCACCUGCUUUAAUUCGGUGAGAGAGCUCGUUGCCAAUUAUCGCAGUACAAACAGUAUAAUUUACGUAUAACACCACAAAAUAUACAGAGAUAAGUCAGUAGUAAAGCGAGAACUUAAUGCAAAAUAAAUAAGAUCAUGGUAAAGUGCCAGGUCCGCAAAAAAAAUUAUAGUUUGGUAAAAAAUUGAUUUUUUACACGUCGGAAUCAUUCGCAAAAAUUGAAGACUGAUCACAAUUAUUCAUUGGAUAAUUAAAUAGUACUGUCUGGGAUUUAUCGGACAAGUUGUAGUAUAAUUGAAAUAGAAAAUGUUCUUUCAAGUUCUCUCAUUCAACAAAAAAUAAAUAGUCGACACAUUUGGAUGUCUCUUCUAGAGUCAAAAGUCGUGAUUCUCAAUAAAAAAAAUAAGAAAA